CAUCAGCAGCCUCAGCUGUGCGUCCGUCACGCUCCCACGCUCACUCCAAUUCUCAUUUCUCCUCUGGUUGCAGCCCACUGGAGCCUGCACUGAGGAAUUAUCUGCUGUCAGGAUCUGCCGAGGACGCCGACCGGGACCCGGGACCCGGGAGCGGCAAGGAGGGUGCUGAGCCAUGCUGUCUGCAGCCGUACAGAUCCUAGCGUUCGCCCUGGCGUUGCUGGGCGUCCUCGGCGCAACCGUGGCCACUCUGCUUCCCAACUGGAAGGUGAGCAUCAACGUGUGGACCCACUUCAUGACUCCUAUCUCGCAGAUGCAGGGGCUGUGGAUGGACUGCGUCUGGUACAGCUCCGGUGUCUUCAGCUGCACCAUGAAGAACUCUGUGCUGACGUUGCCGGCGUAUCUGCAGACCAUGCGGGCCGCUAUGGUUUUGUCCUGCAUGGUUGCAUCGUUUGGACUCUGCCUCGCCUCCCUGGGGCUGAAAUGUACCCGCUGGGGAGGCAGCCACCGAGCAAAGGGGCACACGGCCAUCGCUGCUGGGGGUUGCUUUGUCCUCGCCAGCUUCCUGUGCCUAGUUCCCGCGUCAUGGUUCACCAACGAAGUCAUCACCGUCUUUUUGACGACAGACCUGCCGGAAAGCAGCAAAUAUCAACCCGGAGGAGCUCUUUGCGUGACGUUUGUCUCUGCCGGCUUCCUCCUGGCUGGAGGCGUGAUUUUUUGUCUGUCGUGUCCAGGAAAAAGAUCAGGACGCCCAGACUAUCCCCCGCCCGACCACCCCGACAGAUUUGUCCUGCACCGAGACGAUCAGCGGAGGCGCGAGCCGCAGGCGGAGAACUCGCAGCCGAAAAACAGGCAAAACCAAACGGUUCAGCUGCAGAUGGACAACGUGAAGACGCAGAAACCUCCUCAGGAGAAACGUGAGCAGCAGGUUUACUCGUCUCCCUCCAAACUCCCUCCGAAAGACAUCAAGGACAGCUACAGCCUCCAGGAGUAUGUCUAAUCCUCACAGCGGACCGGGGAAGUGUGGAGUUCUCAGCUGAGGCUUUCUGGCUCAUAGUCAGGAGGAGGUGGGCUGGGGGAGGAGAUAAUUACCAAGUGUUGGAAAGGACAGACUGUGGAUUCAGCCGAAUGUCGAAAAAAAAAAAAAAAAAAAGCCGAGAACACGAGCUGUGUCAAAAAGAAAUGCUUAAAAUAAAACUGCACAGGCACCAAACACUGUAAAACCUUUAAAAACUGCCGCAGCUUUCUCAUACCAAAGGUCUAAAAAAAAAUGUAAUAAAAAAUGAACCUGCUGAUUGUUAAAAUAGAAAAAGGAAAGCCAUCAUUCAGCAGCUGUAGGUGCUGUCUGCCUUCUCAAACAGGGCCGGUCCAAAGCUUUCUGAAA